CGGGUUUGUGAAAUUAUCCGGUGAGAAGGCUGAGAAAGCAAAGGGUUCAGCUUUAGCGGCGUUCGGAAGAAGCAAUAACCACAACAAUGGCGGACGAGGAAUACGAUAUGGACGGCGCAUAUGAGGAUGAGCCAUUGGACCAGGUCGAGGACGGAAGUGAGCAAGAAGAGGAAGAUCCUAAUAAUGAAGAGUUACCUGAUGCCAUACCUGGUGAAGGUGAAGGCGAAGGUGAAGAAAAAACUGAAGAGGCUCCCGUGGAAAAGCCUCGGAAAACAUCGAAGUACAUGACAAAAUACGAGAGAGCUAGAAUUCUGGGUACUCGUGCUCUUCAGAUCAGCAUGAAUGCUCCUGUGAUGGUUGAUUUAGAGGGUGAAAGUGAUCCACUUGAGAUUGCGAUGAAAGAGCUACGUGAAAGGAAGAUUCCCUUCACAAUUCGCAGGUACCUGCCUGAUGAAAGCUAUGAAGAUUGGCCGGUUGACGAACUCAUAGUCGAGGACUCGUGGAAAAGGCAAGUCGGAGGAGAUUAAAGUAACUGUUGGGGAGGAUAUUGCAUAAUGAUGAUGCACCAUGUACUAAACUAGACCAGACGUAAAUGAUAUUAAGAGAUUGUUACUUGGAAGUUUGUUGCAACCUAUUUUCACUCUCAUUUGAUGGAUUUAAAAGACUAUAUUUUGAGUAUUGACUGCUGUGUUUCUGUGCAAAAAAUGUGCUGUUGAAAAUCUGGAAAAGAAACAGUUAUCGAGGGU